CUAAAAGCAUCCUUAAAUUUCUUGUCACAGUCUAAAUGGGCGCGAGGUGUUCGAAAUAUUGCUGCUGUUGGUGGCCUUCUAAUCUCAAGCCGCUGGCUCGUGAGCCUUGUGAUCUGGGAUGAGGCUAAGGCAGUGGGGAACUUGAGGAGCGAGCGAUUGGCAAAUCUGAUUGGUUGUUGCUUUGAAGGGGAAGAGAGAUUGCUAGUAGCAGAAUUUAUGCCCAACGAGACCCUGGCUAAGCAUUUAUUCCAUUGGGACAAGCAACCUAUGAAAUGGUCAAUGAGGUUAAGGGUGGCAUUGUAUUUGGCUCAAGCUCUCGAUUAUUGCAGUAGUAAAGGACGAGCUUUGUAUCACGAUCUUAAUGCGUACAGAGUCUUGUUUGAUCAGGAUGGUAACCCAAGGCUUUCUUGCUUUGGACUGAUGAAGAAUAGUCGAGACGGCAAAAGUUACAGCACAAACUUAGCUUUUACGCCCCCUGAGUACUUGCGAACGGGAAGAGUCAUUCCCGAAAGUGUGGUUUACAGCUUCGGGACAAUGCUGCUCGAUCUUUUGAGUGGCAAGCAUAUACCUCCCAGCCAUGCGCUCGAUUUGAUAAGGGGCAAGAACUUUCUAAUGCUCAUAGAUUCUUGCUUGGAGGGCCAUUUCUCGAACGAUGAUGGGACUGAGUUAGUUCGGUUGGCCACCCGUUGCUUGCAGUAUGAGGCCCGCGAAAGGCCCAACACCAAAUCGCUCGUCACAUCUCUUGUUUCACUGCAGAAAGAAACCGAGGUUCCUUCAUAUGUUUUGCUUGGCGUCGAACAAGGAAAUGCAAACAGUACACAGCCAAUACCUUUGACUCCCUUAGGGGAAGCUUGCUUGAGAAUGGAUCUUACUGCCAUACACGAGAUAUUGGACAAAAACGGAUACAAAGAUGAUGAAGGAAUCGCGAACGAGCUAUCUUUUCAACUGUGGACGAAUCAAAUGCAGGAGACUUUGAAUUCCAAGAAGCUCGGAGAUUCUGCUUUUCGGGCUAAAGACUUUACGAACGCCAUUGGUUUCUAUACUCAGUUCAUCGAUGGUGGGACAAUGGUUUCCCCCACGGCCCAUGCUAGGCGAAGCCUUUGCUACUUAAUGACUGAUAAGCCAAACGAGGCCUUAGGGGACGCCACACGAGCAAUUGUGGUCUCGCCCGAGUGGCCAACCGCCUUUCAUCUCCAGGCAGCUUGCUACUUUGCGCUCGGGAUGGAAAGUGAUGCUCAACAAGCACUAAGAGAGGCCACCAAUUUGGAAGCUAAGAGGAACAGAAAAUGA